AAACAUUUGAAAUGCUCCAGAGAGAAAUCUUUCAUGUACAAAGUGUUUCCUUCAUCCCUUGAGGAAUUUUGAUUGUUGUCUAAUCUGCACAAGGACAUAUCCAGGAUGGACGAGACUUACCUACUAAAGGAAAGACUACAAGCCAUCACUGAAAAAAGGAAAGUCCAGGAGAAAAUCACAAGACAACGGUUUGAAGUGGAUGAGGAGAAGCUGAAGCUUAAGCACUUAAAGUCAAAGACUUUGAGAGAACAAUGGCUUCUGGAAGGAGUGGCCAACAUCACUCCUCAAGAACAAGAGGCAAUAAGAAAGCAGCAUCUGGAAGACCAGCACCAAUCCAAGCAAAUGGAACAAAAGAUUCUCCGGCUCGAAGAAGAAAUAAAAGCUCUUGAAAACCAAGAAGCCCAAAUUUCAUCUAAUGAACAACUGUUACUGAAAAAACUGAAAGCAACAGAAAGAUCGACAGCAGAUAUAAUUAAGGCAGCACAGGCCGAGAGUGAUCGAAAUCAGGUAAAGUCUGUACACUCGGAAUUUUCAAAUCCUGCAAAAAAAUAUCAGUCUCAGGUAAAGCAGAGAAAAGCAAGUCCAGAAUUUGAAACACAAGGCUCAGGAGGUUCCAAAGCAGCUUUGUUUGCGGUGGAAAUCAAUGUCCAAAAGGAUAUGAAGACAGGAGAAAGCACCGUUCUGUCGACUGCACCAGUGAUGAUCGAUGAAAUCCAAAACAAAGGUGUGAAGGUCUAUGAAGAUGGGGUGAAAUCAGUAUAUGCUUUGCAUAGUGAUGGGAGACUGAUUCAGAAUGGUGUCAGUGACAUGACUCAUGAGGAAGUGGAAGCAUUGUUACAAAAGGCUGGUGAGAAACAGACGAAUAUUCCUGUGGCUUGCCAUGCCCCAGUUUACUCAAGUUCCUACAGCAGCUCCUACUAUCCUAAAAUGUUUAUCAAUGAGCAGAUGGACUCUGAGCCGAGGAUUCAAGAAAACAUGGCUGAAAGUGAAGGAAUUGAGAGGCAUGACCCAGUGAAGGCUCAAGUUUACCGAACCAAUGAUGGUGACACAGAUCUGGAAAGGAAUUUGCCCAGUUAUCAACAGGCAAUGGUCACUCCUACUACUUCCUUAUCCUGCCCAAUAUCUAAUUGCUGGUCUCCGAGUUCCACACGAAGCCAGAGUCGACAAAGUUAUGAGUCAUCAUUACCUGAAAAUGAGCCGAAUUCAGCACAGCUUCCUUGUCACCCGCCAAGGGACAAUUACCGCAAGGCCGUGUUUGUCAAUUCUGAACUCAAUCAUGAUGGCAGAGCUACUACUAUGUCUGAAAAUUUAGACAGUGGGUUUAAUGUUUGCCGUUCCUCGCCUUCUGUCAUUGACACUGAGGAACCAGUUACUAUGGUCUUCAUGGGCUACCACAACGUCAAUGACGAGAAUGAAACCAGCAAAGUUUUAGGGUUUGAAGGAGCGAUCCGAGCAGAACUGGUCAUGAUCAGCGAUGAUGAUGAUGAGGAUGAUGAAGUGAAUCCACAUCAAGCAAAUGACCUCACUAAUCCUGUAUUCCAUCCCGUUCCUCUUUCAACUGGGAAUGAGAUACAUAAAACAUCAUAUGCUGCCAUAACUCUAUCUGCAGGGAAUAACUCUCUCCCAAGGAAAUCCAUUUUGAUCUCAGGCCGAGACAAUAAUCAUUCUCCCUACAGAAAUUAUUCUGGUGACCAGGUGGAUAAAGAUGGAAUCUACAGUGACUCCACAGUGUCAGCCUUAGAAACUAAAAUGGCCAGGCUAGGUAAAAAAGUGCUGAUGUAAAGUGGAGCGAUACAUCCAUAACAAAGGCCAUUGCUUCUACCUGGAACUACGGGAGGUAUUGGAACUUAAUACAGGACAGGCAAGUUAAAAUGAACAUGUAUCAAAGUUGUACUGCUACUAUUCAUUCACAAUAUGUAUGCAUUCAAAUUGUGAUAUCCACUGCAUUUGUUAUAGCUAUCAUUUACCCAAAUAUAACUCUGUUACAGUAUGUAUGUAUUCAAUAUUCUAAUAGAAAACUAAUAAUUGAUUCAAUUAGCUAUUGAAAAAUAAUGUUAAGUUGUUGUUAAUCUUUGGAACUGCUUUUUACUUUGGUUCCCUGUGUUCUUAAAUAAUAAAAUAUUCCUG